UGACAGUCCACAGACACCUACAAUCGACCGCCACCUGCAUUGAGACCAUUCCACCACCGACAACCACACCAACCCGACCGCACCUCCCUCGAGAAUUCAGCAUCCCAUCAUGACAGCCCAAUAAUGUUCCCACCGUCCCCAUCUGCCACCCACCGCCCAACUCCCGUCCCGUCCAAGGCCGCCCUCCGCGCCCUCUAUCAACUCGCCUACAUCUCCUCCGGCACAGCGCUGGGCAUCGCCGCGCUCUGCGCCGAAGAACGACGCCGCCGGACCGCCAUCGUCGCGAAAAUCGCGGACAACGCCCAGAGACUCAGGGAGAGCCCGCGCCAUGUCGACAAUUCCUCCCCAGCGGAAGGAUUGCCCGGCCGAGGCGGAGGAGACGGCACGGCGCAGAUGAACAGGACCCGGAGGAGGUCUUUCUCGACGAGUCAUCCUGCGGCCGCUGGUGCCGGCACGCAGGUCUUGGCACGAUCGGCGAAGGACGAGGAUCUGCCUUCGCAUGUGGAGAGGGCGUAUGAGCAAUUGGAGGACGGCAAGAGGAGGCCGUCGAGGAGUCUGCCGAUUCGUCAGGGCAGGCAGAGGAGGUCGGCCGAGAGGUCAAAUUUCUGGAUCGGGAGGGAGGUGAGACAGGCGGGCGAUUCGCGGGAAAAUGCUGGUUCAGCUGCCGAGGAUGCGAAACGUCCUUCGUGGUUCGUCGAUGAUGUCGAGUCGGGGAAGGGGACGCGGAAGUCCGGAAAUCGAAACAAGAGAGUGAAGGAGCCGACGCAGAAGCCCGUGAAUGGAUACGAGAGAGCGUCGGAUACAAUCUUCUGGGGGUUCAGGCCUCAUUCGGCGAACAUUUUUCUGCGAAAUAUGCUGCGAUCACAGACGCGCGCUUUCGAACGACGGCCUAUGGUGUUCAAGCAUGGGACGGACCCCAGCUUGCGCACUGGGCCGCAAGCUGUCGGCCAGCACGCAGAUCUAGAGACGGAGCUGGAGGAGUUCUUCCGGACUCUGCCGACAGUGGAUCGCCAGACGGAGAAAUACGUCGAGACCGCCGACGCGCUUCUGAAAGGCGUGCUGCACCACGGGACACUGGCACAGGCGCGUUCGUUGAUUUUAUGGAGAUUCGCAACAGGCAAGGUGCAGGUCUUCCAUCCGGAUGAACUAUGCCGCACGCUUGUUUCAUACAUCCACGGCCAAAUCGGACAAGCCGAUGAGGAGGAAGGGGUGUUGGAUUUCCUAGAUGAGAUUUUUGAAACGGGCAGGAUCUCACGAAUGCCACCGAAUCUACAACUCGAACUCGGGCUGGCGAUGGUUGAAGCGAAACGCAUCAUCCAUGCGGAGGGCGAGAGGUCUGCGCUCGUGGAGAAGUAUCUUCACGUCACCUGGGAAGAUGCCCCGGUGGCCUCGUCGUUGAAAUCCGUCGAUCUUGUGGUCAAGAAAUUCGCGAAGGCGAAGCGAUAUGCGGAGGCGAUGAGCCUAUUGGAUGCGUGGGAAGCGUACAGCAGCAGCAAGCCGACGCAUCUCCUGAGACUCCUCUUCGAUUCCAGUAUGAACCAGCGCAGAUUCGUGUAUUGCAGCACAAUCCUCCUACAGCGACGAACGCCUGAAGAUAUCACCCCCGAGCUGCUAGCGGACUAUGAGAAGUUGAUAAUUACGUGCGGGAGAAAGGGGUUGGUUCGGCUGCUUCGAGUACAUUUCGAGAAAUUGCAGGACGAUCAAGCUUUUCUUGCGCUGCUCAUGCCGCAAUUGAGCGUGAAUGCGCGUGCAAUCCUCGUAUCGGCCAAUGCCGAUAUCGAUGACCUCACCACCGACAGUUCGGUCGCUCUGGACAAUAUCUUCAAGACAGGACUUUCACACGACAUCAUCGGCAAACGAGUGGCAAGAAGAAUCAAGCGUGAUUGGCGCACGACGCGUGAUCUCCAGGCGGUCAAAGAUUUAUUCAAGGACGCCCAUGGCCGGGCCAGUGAGCAAGACUUCAGUUCGGAAAGUAUGCAGUCCCUCGAAAUCGCUCUGAUCGAGGUCAUGUCCGAGGCUGGUCAGGUCGAGCAGGCGCUGCAGUUACUUGCCGUCGUCAGCGGGCGCGGGCAGGAGACCACGCACCUCCUCUGUGCCGUUCUCCCAGUCCUGGCCAAAAAGCGUGCCUGGAAGCAAUUCGACGAAUUGAUCAAAGUCUUAUCUGACAGGACCGAUCUCGCCCAAGAUGCCUACAACCUCCGCAAUUUCGAAAAGGCCCUCCACCUCUACACUCUUGACCAUUCCGCCGACGACAUCUGGCAAUUUGCCACCCUCAUCACCGCACAGCUCAAAAUCCCCAUCACCCAGCGCCUCACUGACAUUGUCCUCGAGUCUUUCGUCGAGAACCGCCAGAUCCAGUUCAUUCCCGAAUGGCUUUCCCACGCCUCUUCCCUUAACGGCGAAGCUGACUUGAACGAGCGCAGCGUGGCGAAUCUACUCACACAUUUCUUCCUCAAACACCGUCUACCUCAUACUUACUUCAUGGCGCAGUGUUACAACUUCAUCCAUCGAACCGGCUAUCGUGAUCACCAGACCUUCAUGGAUGUCGUUACCGACAGCAUCGCAUAUGACAUGAGGCACAAUUCCGGCAAUCCGAAGAAUAUGCCGACUUUGCUGCGGUUGGUGGCGGAGAAUUAUCGCCGUGUGAGAAGUGCAGGAGGCGUCUUUCCGGAGCCGUCCAGCUCGAUAGAAAUAAUCAUGCAUGACCAAACCUUGAAGAGGAUGAAGGUGGACGAGCAGAGACAGGCGGCUCGCAAAGCUUCUCAGCUUGUGCGAGUCUCGAUCUUUGGAAAUGACGUAGUGCCCGAAGAAGAACAUAUGACGGCUAAUCAGCUCGAUGCGGCAAUGGACGAAGCUGAUGCGGCGCUGGACGAAGAUGAUGACCUGGGAGACGAGCACGCUGUUUCAGGACUGGAAGUCUUCGACGAUAGCCGUCAGAACACUUCAGUCCGUUUUGACGACUUGCAUGAAGAGCAGUCGGAUGAUGGACACGGCGUAGAACUACGCCACAUUCGCGACCGACGGCCGUGGUCUUUGUCGGAUGAUUUACCCGUUCGACCUCGAAAAUUAGAAAGCGAGAUGCUUCUUGGUUUGUCACGACGCGAUCGCAACCAUGUCCUGGAAUUGUAUCGAUCAUCAUUGGGGCCCGGUGGUAUGCCAGCGUCGUCGAGAGCUCUUGAGAUUGCAGUCGAGGCAUGCUUCCUAGAACCUAUGGCGACCGGCGAAGCGGAACGCGAUGCAAAUACCCCCGAGGAAACCGACGCUGAUCGUGAAGCGGCAGCCAAAAAAAUAGUGUCAGAAGCCAGAUUCGCUGGCAUGAACACCGCGUCUGCCCAGGGCCCUUUGCUCCUCCGCGAAAUGAGCAAUUUCUCCAGCGAGGACAGAAGGUAUGCGGAUAAAUUCCGGAGGAAAAUCGUCGACUAUUACCGCACCAAUGAAGACAACGGCGUCAAACUCAAAAAGCAUGUUGGGGUUCACGCCGCCAAUCUUCUCAUCAACAACCACUGCGCCUUGGAUGGCCUCCGCCUUCUCAGGGACCUCUUCCCAGGCCCCUCUCCCGAUAUCACGGGAACCCAUCUUGCCUCCGACGAGCCCUCUGACCUCUCCAAAAAGGCCCCACUAAUUCCCAAGACUACCCUCCUCCCCAAGACACCCUCCCCUACCUCCCCCGAAUCUACCAUCGAUCUCGCUUCCCUAACAGUCUACCUCAAGGGCCUGAUUGCCCUCAACCACACCAGAGGCAUUCACUGGACAGUCGACUACAUCUUAGACAACAACCUCCGCGUCGACAUCGCCUGCCUCAACACCCUGCGCAACCAAGCCCGAAUGCUCCUCCGUUCCUCACAUAUUUAUGGACUCGCCCUGGCGAAGCAAGUCCACCGGGCGAGACUUGCCCUCUCGGAACGCCGCAUCCAGCAGAAAAUGGAGAGCGGCAGGCAUAUGAAGGAUCUGUUGUAUGUCUUGUCGGAUUGUCGGAAGAAGCAGCUGCAGUCUGAAACCCCUCUGACCACGACUACGAUCGGGAAGAAGAAGAAGUCAUCAGCGAGGAGGCAGUCCCUUGAGGAAAAUGGUGCCCCGAGUACAGAAGUGGGCACUACUGCUUCUGCUGCCGCUUCUUACGAAUCGACGAGAGAGCCUUGGACGGGGAAAGACAAGAUGAGCAGAGUUUAUGAGAACGAUCGGCAGGAGUGGCAGCUCGAUGUUCCUCUGCGUCCGGCUGUGAUGGCUGCUACGGGAUGACCUCUUUUUUUCUUUCUGAAUUCAUUGAUACCAUUACACUGUAGAUUGUUUGUGUGUAAAGAUUUUUAUGUAUAUUUCUAUGCUACAGUAAAUUAUGC